AGGAAUUAUAAAAUUUUCAAAUCUAUAAGUUGCAAUACAUUCUGGGGGCUACUUUGGCCGAGAUAAGGAAGUCGUGAAUUUUGGGGAAUAAGAUGCCCAGAUUUAUUUAUUAUGAUUUAAAUUUUGGUUGUUAUAUUUUUUAAUAUCUAGAAAAUUGUUUUUCAAAACAAAAGGCCCAAAAGUUUUUGAUUUAAGAAUAAUGCAAUUCGGCCAUUUUGUAUCUGGCUGUAUUUUUCUUAAAUCCGGGAAUUUUUCCAAAAAUAACACAUAUUCACACUUAUCGCAAAAAUAUCUAUAAUGUUUUAACAUAAAAUAUGAGAUUUUUGUGCAAUGCCUGUCACUAUGAAUUGCCCUGAAAUCGAGGGCGACAUGGACUCCGUUCUCGUGUACAAUAAGUCAAAUUACAAAAACUAUGUACUGAGACGGAAAACAAAGUCCACAAGCCCCUCAACAAGCUCAAUGGAGAAUGAUAAUCAGUCAACAUUGCUAAGGCAGGACACAUUCUACGUGGAUUCUACGUUUGAAGACUCAAAUUUAGAAACAGCGUCCACAUUUGAAAAAUAUGAUUCUCUAGAGUAUGAAGAAUUUGAAACAGAAGAUUUGCAACCGAGUAAAAUCAAGUACAGACCAAGAACACUGCUAGAAGCAGUGGAUUUUAUGUUGUCAAUAUUGGACGAUUUGGGAGAGAAGUACAAUAAAUGGAAGUAUAAUAACUUCGGAUUUUACAGGUUUUACUGCCACAAAUACAAUUUAGCAAACUUCUCAGACUCAAGACCAUAUUACACGAAAAUCCUUAGCCAAUUGGAUACACUAGAUACACUAUCUCAACUUUCAUCUCCAGACUUUAAAACAAACACAGAUGCCUCUAUAUACUCUCCAGAUUUUAUAGUAGAUAAAGUCCUCUGCCAAUUAGAUGAACUGGUAAGCUGCUUCUGCAGUAAAAAUUGCGCUUUUGGAAUGUCGCAAGGUUACUCCCACACGUGUUCAGACAAUCACGUGAAUCACAGUUCGCUGAAGUGGAAGUACCCGCAAGGCUCAGAAACAUACCUGGGUAUAAAAGGAGCGCCAAAAGAGAAGAGUAUUUUAACAGAUAAAAGCAAAAACACAGAUAAAACAAGUCCAUUGGACUGGAGUAGACCAUUUAACAGGAUUUAUCAUAUGGAUAAAAAUUUAUUUCAAACGACAUUCACAUCAGAAACCAUACCAGAAUUAAUGACACUCAUUGAGAAACCAAACCAAGAAAAUAAUUUAGAUAAGUCAAAUAUCCAAAGCAUACAAACGCCCCAAGAUAUGUUGGAAACAUGCUUCAUUAGAGACAUGGGAGCAUACGAUAACUGCGUAAUGGAGUUCUUUUCAGAAAGGGGAAUAAUGCACAACUUCAGCUACCCGUACUGCAGAGGCGAGGAGACGUCGUACACACACCCCUUCAUAAGAGCAGCAGUGUGCUACAACUGCGGGAAAAUCUGCAGAUGCAAAUGCCAGAGGAAGAUAUUUAGAACAUUUAGCAGGUUUUACACGCAAACGGAUGAAAAGAAUUAUCCCCUAGAAAGCAUAUCCAUAGAGUACGUAAACCAAAUAUACGGAUAUUUGAAGGCUAAAUCAAGGAUAUCUGACACUUUGGAGUCAGAUACAGAGAAUAAAAGUAAAAGGGAGCGAAAACAUAACAAUAUGACAUCACUGGAGUUGAACACCAUAUACUCACACUCAAUAAACACGGAAGUGGGCAGGGUUCAAUUCCUAGUUAGUCCUAUAGAGAAUCAGUUAACGCCGAGAAGGUAUAGGCCUAAUGUGCCAAGUCAGGCGGGAGAAGAGGCAAAGGAGAGUAUACCAUACGAUGAGGACCGAUAUAUGGGUUCAGUGUAUUACUCUAACCUUUUCAAAGCUAGUGAGUGUAACGUUAGCCUGGAGGAGAUUUUCAAAGUAAUCAACAACGUGCCUUUCCCAUGCGUAUCGGAGGAGCAUUUGGAAUUUUACAAGAAGGUGGAAUGGUAUGAUCUGUACAGAUCACCCUGGUGGUGUAUGGAUAGUAAGUACGAGCAAACAAAGAUAUACGAGGAAGAGGGGUACCUAAAUUCAUACAUCAUGAACACGCUGGACUCGCUGGGAUACCUGACUAACGUGAGAUAUGACACGAGCCUAAAGGUUAUUGGAGUGGGCCACUACAGCAGCGAUAACGACUCAUAUUGGCGUUAUUUCUACACGAAUGAUAAUAUCUGGAAGGUUUUUAGAGAAGCAAUUGAGUAUUUAAUUUUGAUAAGCACACUUCCGGAAUAUAUAUACCUGGACCAUGGCCAGUCGUGCUGGAUUCUGAUAACAAAGAGUGCACAGAAGAUGUUCUCAAUUUACCCAUCACUCAUAAAGUCAUACCACGAUCUUGUAACAUAUUACAAGUCUAACUCUCCUAAGAGGGAUCACAGAGGGAAACAGAAGAACACAGCUGAUAGGGAUUGUGAAAGGCAAAUGAACCAUCUUGAGAGAAAGGAAGACUACGGAGAAGAAAACUUCGAUAUUAAAAGAGUUAGCGCGCAUGAAUGCACAGUUGCAGAUGUCUUGAGAGUGUCAUUGAAGAGGAAAAUGGUGUCAUCAGGAGAGUCAUUUACACCGAGAAGGUAUUAUGUGGAGAAGUCAUCAACGCUAACGCCAUCAAUCAGGCUUAAGCUGGACCACGAGCUUAUAUACCAAGGCAUAUUCGCAUCAACGCCCAAUAGCAGCUACUACAGCGCAUUCUCAAACAGUGUGGAUUUAUACCGCAAUAACGGGCCACCAUUAUUCUCCCCAACGCCAGGGAAGUUUUCCAGUAUAUUUAACGCGUACGCUGGAGGGAAAGAUCUAGGUUUAGAUUCCGGGGAAAUCGGUGCUGGAAAGAGGAUUAAAGGAGGCAAAGUUAUUGACCUAAAGUUGAAUAACCUGAAUGUGUUGCUGUCACAGUACCCAGAUGCCAGGUCACAGUACACCAGGAUCAUUAAGCACGCAAAUGAACUGAGGUUUCAGUCUUCAAUUCUGAUAUCAGACUUGAGCUCGCCAGCCUUCAGGAGUUCUGGGAAUCCAAAUCCACACGUCAGCCAUUCUGAUUUUAACAGCUAUUGCUAUGAAACCCCAAGACACUUAAAUAGCAAUUAUGUGAGCAUUAGUAAAAUAAUGGACGAAAGGGUGCAGGAUCUGCCAAUGUUUGACGUGUUCUACAACGAUUACUCGAAUAGCUGGAUUUGCAUGCUUGAUGUGGUGCCAUGCCUGGUGUGCCCAGUCGAGUGCCAAAAUAACGGAUCAUGUCUUCAUUUCACACAUGGUAAGAGGCUGAUUGAGUUCAUUUGUAAGAAGAUGAAGCCGUCAGACGUAAAGUAUACGUAUCCACAGACUAACGGCAGAGGCCCCAGUAGUUACCAGCCAAAGAAGUCACAAAUAGUUCUGAUCAGCUUCUCAGUUGAGGAGUUUGGGAACGAAAGAGCGAAGCUGUUGGCAACACAGCUGAAAGCGACGUAUAAAAUGCAAGCACUAAACAGUAUGCUGAUCAACGUAAAGCAGAACCAUAAUAGCUCGAAGGACCACGCAUUUAGGCGUAAUGACAGACCUAGCACGUGUAUUGAAAUGAAACUUCUCCACAACGCUAUCACAGCACAACUGUCAUCAAUGAUCUCAACAAACUCAUUUAUCUCAUCGAGUGAGACAAAUUACCUAAAUGGAAUAGAUGAUGAACUGGAUGAAACGUGUUAUAAGAUGAAUCAGCUGUGCACGUCACCGAUGUCGGAAGAUGACUCUCAAAAGGUAAAUGAUUCGAGUGAAGAUAACUCUCAAAAGGUAAGUGAUUCGAGUCAAGAUGAAGAUACAUCUUGUGUAUGUUAUAAGUACGGAAGAUUUCUUACAGGAAUGAGAGGAGUGUUCCCAGUAUCAGAGAUAUUAAACUACGAUAAGAACAUGCACGUAUUCUGCAAGUUGCUGGAAGUGGAAAAGGUAAUGAACAUAGUUUCUGAAAACAUACACUUCUGCUCAACUCACGCCUGUUUCAUGACGACAUGGAUAGAUAUAAUGGGACAGAGAAGAAUAAUGUAUCACCCGAUUUAUAAGUACAUAAACAUAAGGUCGUUUAAUAAUUACUCAAAGCGGUUUGACGCAGACUGGCCGGAAGCAAUAGAAUCCCACAACGCCUAUACUCUGUGCUACGACGCAGUUGAGGCCUCGAAAAAGUUCUCACAAGCAAAUGACGCAAUCGCAGACGCAUUUUACCUCCUACUCAACCUGCAGGAAAUAAUCAACGAGGCGCUCAUAUCAGGCCUCGCACUCGCCGUCAGAACCAUCAGCGACGCCAGCCAGGAAAAAGCACUCCUGAGAAGACUCCACCUAAUAUACAGGCGCUUCAAACUCUCCAGUCAAACCGUGCGCAACUCGCUAAUUUUCUCCAAGGAACUGCUGUUCCCAUUUGGUGCUCUCUACGACGAAGCCACACCACCCGUUUCUGAUGAUGAUGUUUAAUUUUAAUGUAUUACACUAAA